AUGGUGCACACGAUCACUGGCGACCGUGUUACACCAAAACAAGAUGAGGAUCCUCUAGGCGUUAUCGUUCAAUUUUCAGAACAACCGAUGAAGACCACAUUUGAUCUCUUACUGGAACAACAUCUAGGAAAAUUUGGAAGAUAUCAAGUACUACAGUUUGUCUUACUUAGUCUUCCAGUUGUAUUCGUAGCCAUGCACGUAAUGAGUUGGACAUUCGUAGCUGCGCCACCAUCACUCUUCCAACCGCCUUACAGGUGCGGAAACACAACUACAAGGGAAAAUUGCACAAGAGAUGAUAACGUUUACUCAGCUGUUGAGAGAUGGAGAAUGGGCGACGAUAGAUCAUGGAUCAAGGCUACAGUUCAGUCACUCUAUUACAUCGGGCAAAUGACCGGUUCCCUGUUCUGUGGCAUUAUGGGUGACAAGAUUGGACGAAAGAAGGUUUUCUACCUUGCCAUUAUAAUUCAAACAAUCUGUGGAAUAUUGCUGUCGGUAGCACCAACAUGGUGGCUAUUCGCCAUUCUAAAGGGAGGAACUGGAUUCUCUCAGCCAGGAAUCUUCGGUGUUGCUGUUGUAUUAGCAACGGAAUUAGUCAGUAGUAAGUACAGAAGACUUGGUGCUGUUGUAGCAGGAGCUUUUUAUGCAGUUGGAGAAGUGAUGCUCGCUGGUAUGGCCUAUGUUCUCACGGAUUACCGUCUCCUUCAUGCUGCUAUAGCAUUACCUUCCCUGAUUUUCAUUUCGUAUUGGUGGUUAGUUCCAGAAAGCGCACGAUGGUUAGUCACCAAGGAACAGUAUGAAGAAGCCGAUGUUAUUCUCCAAAAGGCAGCACGGAUCAAUGGAUCAUGUGUUCCUGAAAGAUGGUGGGAGAAACUGCAGAUAACCCAGAAUAACAAAUAUCAAGCGUUCAGUAUGAUAGACCUUGUUCGCACUCCAAACAUGCGAAAAAGGACAUUAGUUUGCUUUUUUCUAUGGCCAGUGAACACUAUGAUGUACUAUGGCUUAACAAUGAAAAGUAAUCUUGGCGGAGGAAACCUGUAUGUAAACUUCGCUAUUAGUGCUCUUAUGGAAAUUCCAGCCCUCUUUGUCGUAUACUUUCUUAUCGAUCGGAUCGGGAGACGCCAAAUUGUGGCAUGUAGCUUACUGACAGCAGGAAUAUCCCUUAUCUUUAACUGGAUCGUAGGAGAUGACGUCCAGUUCUAUUGGGGAAUGCUGCAAAUGAUGAUCGCUAAAGGUGCUGUGACCGUAUCCUACACCGCCAUGUACACUUACACGACAGAACUAUUUCCAACAGUGAUUCGCAACACUGCGGUUGGAUGCUGUUCAACGAUCGCCCGUAUUGGAGCAAUUGCAUCAUCUUAUAUGGCACUAUGGCUGGUUGAUUCCUACGGCAAACUCGCGAUGGUUGUCCCAUUCGCGCUAUUGUCACUAGCAGCAGCCUUGUCGACACUGGUAUUUCUACCGGAAACAAUGAACAAGAAUAUGCCAGAAUCUAUAUCAGAAGUGGAAGGAACCAAAAUUUAA